ACUGCACCGGUGCUGUCGCAGCUUGAUGACGUUUUACACAUUCGUGUUGAUUCCGGAAAAAGCAGUGCUCAAACAUAUAGCGAGCACCAUAACAUUACAAACAGCUUACACAGGCUGGUGUUCAGCACAUGUGGAUGGAGUUGAUGCUCCAGUGAAAUGACAGACCAGGGAAACAAUAAUCAGAACAUCUCUCGAAACCCUUUUGCUGCUCUUUUUAGUUCGCUUGCUGAUGCGAAGCAGUUUGCAUCAGGCCAAAAACUACAGCAGCAAGCUGAACCACCAUCGGAAGAAUCCGGGGAGAGCCAGUCCGAGUCUGACAACUCUGUGUCAGACAGCAUCGGGGACAACGAUGACUCAGUGGCCGAGAUCAGCCGCUCAUUCCGCUCACGACAGGAACUCUGUGAGCAGCUUAAUGUCAAUCACAUGAUCCAGAGAAUCUUCCUUAUCACCUUGGAUAACAGUGACCCUAGUCUUAGAAGUGGUAAUGGCAUCCCUCUGCGCUGUGUCUUCCUUGAAGAGAUGGCAGCUGACCUCGAUGGCCAAGACUGGCUCGACAUGGACACGAUAGAGCAGGCCAUUUUCAGCAGGCUUCUUUUACUGGAGCCGGGUAACCACCUGAUCUACAUGACUUCUUGCAGCGCCGUGAACCUGUCAGCAGAUCGCGAUGCUGGGGAGAAACUAGCCAUACCGUACCUUUAUGCCUGCUACCAGAGAGCUAAGGAAGAGGUCACGAAAGUGCCAGAGAAGUUGCUGCCAUAUGCUGUGCGCUGUAAGAACCUGACCGUGUCAAAUGCUCGUACAGUGCUGCUUACUCCAGAGAUCUACAUCAGCCAGAAUGUGUAUGAACAGCUACUGGACCUGCUGCUGGAGGCGGUCAACAGAGCGCAUAUCGACGAGGUGGUGGAAUUUUUAGAGGAAGUUAUCGCUGGCCUUUUGGCUGACCAGGAAGUGCGCACUUUUGGGGAGGUUAUGGUGCCAGUAUUUGAUAUUUUCCAGGGUCGUGUGAAAGACUUAGAUCUUUGCCAGCUGCUGCUUUAUUCCUACUUGGAAAUCCUAGUAUACUUCAGUCAACAAAAAGACAUUGCAAAGGUUUUGGUGGAACACAUUCAGCCCAAAGAUCCUAUUAAUGGACUUCAGUAUCAGAAGAGUCUUCUGGGCACUUUGUUAAAUAUAUCAUGUCUGCUGAAAACCCCAGGAGUGGUGGAAAACCAUGGCUUUUUCCUCAACCCCUCCCGCUCCAGCCCACAGGAAAUGAAGAUUCAGGAAUCUAAUAUCCACCAGUUUAUGGGCCAGUUUCAUGACAAGCUGCAUCAGAUUCUAAAGAAUCUACUGCAGCAGUCGACAGAGACUCGUCACCUUCUGCUCUCGUGGCUGGGCAACUGCUUGCAGGCCAACAUGGGUCGUGCCAAAAUCUGGGCUAACCAGAUGCCUGAGAUUUUCUUCCAGAUGUACGCUUCAGAUGCAUUCUUUUUAAAUCUAGGCGCUGCCCUCCUCAAACUCUGCCAGCCCUUUUGUCGCCCUCAUUCUCCGAAACUCCUAACCUUUAACCCCACUUACUGUGCACUUAGAGACUUGAGUGAGGAAGAGAGACGCAAUAGGAAUGUGCAUGCCAGAGGGCUUGAAAAAGAGACAUGUCUGAUUCCUGUUCCGUCUCAGCAAACUGUUGAAUUUCCCCAAUCAUACAGCCUCCUCACAGAGAACCUGAUCCUCACUCAGCUCACCCUGCACCUGGGCUUCCACAGAGUACAUGAUCAGAUGGUGAAAAUGAACCAGUCGCUGCAUCGGCUGCAGGGCACGUGGCGGGAAGCACAGCUCAGUGGAGGGCCAAUGGCAGAGCAGCUACGGGAACAGUUUGAGCGCCUCAUGACCGUUUACCUGUCCACCAAGGCUGCUGCCACUCAGCCUGCCAUGCUCCAGAACUGCCUCAAUCUGCAGGCGUCCUGUGCCUCUCUGCUUGUACAACUCAGUCUGGGAAACCAGGGGCCUGAGCACAUUCCCCUCUCCUUCCCUCUGCCUCCACUACAGAACAGCCUGCUCUGCUAUGUGCCAGAGUUUUUUGCUGAUAACAUGGGCGAUUUCUUCAUAUUCCUGCGGCGCUUUGCCGACGAGGUGCUGGAGUCAUCCACGGAAAACUUGGAGCAAGUCUUCAACUUCAUCACGGUGUAUAUGGGAAAUGUAGAGAGAAUGAAAAAUCCACAUUUGCGGGCAAAGCUGGCUGAGGUUUUGGAGGCCGUGAUGCCGCAUAUGGAUUCCGCAUCACCCGGAGCUCCCCAGACUAUUAUGUUCCAGCGACAGAGGGCGUUCUGCUCCUACUGCCAUGCACCCCAUCUAGCCGAGGCUCUCAUCACUGUGUUUGUUGACAUUGAGUUCACUGGUGAUCCUCACCAGUUUGAACAGAAGUUUAAUUACAGAAGGCCCAUGUACCCCAUUCUGAAGUACAUGUGGGGAGAGGAGAACUAUAGAAAAAGCAUUAAGCAUUUGGCAGACUUCGCAUCUGAAAAUCUUGAGGCCAUGAAUCCACCACUCUUCCUGAGGUUUCUUAAUCUGCUCAUGAAUGAUGCCAUUUUUUUACUAGAUGAGGCUAUACAGUACCUGAGUAAGAUCAAGCUCCUACAGAUAGAACGGGACGGUGGUGAGUGGGAGGGUCUGGCUCCUGACGCCCGCCGAGAGAAGGAGUCCAGUCUGCAGAUGUUUGGACAGCUGGCUCGCUUUCACAAUAUCAUGUCGAAUGAGACGAUUGGAACCCUGGCUUUUCUGACAUCGGAAAUCAAAGGCAUCUUUGUUCAUCCUUUCCUUGCUGAAAGAAUCAUUUCCAUGCUCAAUUACUUUUUGCAACACUUGGUGGGACCCAAGAUGGGUGCUCUGAAAGUGAAAGACUUCAGCGAGUUUGACUUCAAGCCUCAGCAGCUUGUGUCAGACAUUUGUACUAUCUACCUAAACCUGGGAGAUGAGGAAAACUUCUGUGCCACGGUCCCAAAGGAUGGGAGGUCGUAUUCCCCCACUCUUCUCUGUCAAACUGUUCGAGUCCUAAAGAAGAUCAACAAACCUGGGGAUAUUAUAGUGGCUUUCAGCCAGCUAGCAGAUAAAAUAAAGUCUUUGGCAGACCGGCAUCAGCAGGAAGAAGAGACCUACUCAGAUGCUCCUGAUGAAUUUUUAGAUCCCAUUAUGUCAACCUUGAUGCUCGAUCCUGUGGUUCUUCCUUCCUUCAACGUCACAGUCGACCGCUCAACAAUAGCACGCCACUUGCUUAGCGAUCAGACAGACCCUUUCAACCGCAGUCCACUCACCAUGGACCAGAUCAGACCCAAUGAGGAGCUAAAGCAACAAAUCAUACAGUGGCUAGCUGAACAUAAGCAGGGGGGCGUGCAGAUGGGACCCAGUGGCUAACGCGCUCACACACACAUGCACACAAACACACAAAGCCGCCAAUCUUCUGUUUAUACAUGUCUAAGCCUCCUAAAAAAAACAGGACACAAUUUUGCAUCACAGGAGCGACACACACAUCUACUGACAUGGUAUAAUCUAAAUGACUCUGUUAAAGCCAGAUAGAUUAAAAUAACCUACACAUCUGUCUAAAGUUGCUUUAAUUAAUGUCAGCUCAAAAUCAUUGCCUGUAGUGCUAUAAGGUCUAACUGCGCAGCAAGCCUUUAUAUUGCUGCAAUAAAAAGUCCAUAAUACUUGCUGUCUUGCUUUCUGCCCUGUAAAGAAUUUUUUGUUAGUGUGUACAGACAAUAUAAAGAUCUU